UGAUACUCAAUGGAAUAUAAUAUGUUUUGAUUAGUGAUGUUAUAUUUCUUAUAUGAUAUGCUUGAAUUAAAUGUUUAACAAUAGUAAUUGUCAUCUAUGACCUUUUUAACUAAUAAUAAUUUUUUAAAAUAGAUAAUAAAUAGUAAAUGCAUCCAAUUGACCAGUAGUUUAAAUGUUUUGUUAUAGAUAGCACUACAAAAGUUUUUAGGCUGCUAUUAAAUAUAUCAAUUUUCCUAUGGAAUAUGAAUUUCAAGUAAUUUUACGGAUGCCAUUAAAUAUUAUCUAAACAUUUUAUAACUAGUAUGCAGUGGAACCGAUAAACCCUCAGUGUAUUAUGUAUUCGUAUUACACGCCUGAAACUAUGUAUUUAAGUAUAAUUCUAAAAAUAUAAACUAUAUUGAACUUUAUUAAACUUUAUUAAACUUUAUUAAAUUAUACAUUACGAUAAAUACCUGGUUUACGUAAUGAAAAAUAUGUAAUUUAUAUCAUAACCAACAAAUUUGUACUUUUUAUGAUAUCUUCGUGUUUAACUCCCUUAUAAAUCAUGUUUCGUAUAUUACAAUCGCAUUUGAGGAUUCUUAAUAAUCGAGGAUUUCAUAACAGUAGUCGUUGUUUAAAAGACUUAAAUGUCUUGCAGAAAUUUCAAGAAGGAUAUAACAAUAUAAAAGCAGAAAGUUUAAUGUUUUUAAAAGAUAUGCGUGAAAGUAUGUCAGUUAAUAAGAAUAUUGUACCGCUAGAUGUAGUUGAUAUUAUUUUGAAGUUUGAUGGAACAGCAAAGUGUCGGGACCAGUGGAUUUUAAAUUGUGAUCGUGAUCAUUCUGGUUAUUCAACUGCUAAAUUAGAUUUUUCGUCUACCGGUACUGGACUAUUUCAUGGUCAUUUAAGUACUCGUAUAAUUAAAGAUGGUGCAAUUACCAAUUCUGGCUUUUGUAAUAUAACUACUGUACCAAAAAGGAAAGCUUUUCAAGUACGAGAUUACUAUGAUUUUGAAUAUUACAAUUGUUUAGUUUUAAGACUGAGAGGUGAUGGCAGAUGUUAUAUGAUAAAUUUAUUACAUGAUACAUAUUUUAACCAACCAAAUAAGAGUGAUGCUCAUCACUAUGUUAUGUAUACAUCAGGCGGUCCUUAUUGGCAGGAUAUUAAAAUACCAUUUUCAAAAUUUGUGUAUGCAGUAAAUGGAGUAGCACAACCUAAACAACAAUCUUUAAAUUUAUAUACAAUUGAACGUAUUGGAAUUACACUUGGUGAUAAUAAAAAUGGACCCUUUAAAUUAGAAAUUGAUUAUAUCGGUGUAUGUAAUGAUGCAAGUAUUUUUGAAACGUGUGCUUACGAGCCUGAAGAUAUGUCAGCAAAUGCUUAAACAUAAUUUGUAUUUUAAAUUAAAUAGAUAUAUAAAAGGACUGUAUUAUAAAGAGAAAUAAUAAAUCUAUAAAACAUGGUAACAUUUUA